CACAACGGUGUUCGUGGUAAAUUAACGCUUUUCAGCAAGUUCAACCGGAUAUUGGUUGACUAUUUAAUACAGCCCUGCCCGUUCAUUCGCAAUAAAAUCAUUUGUUGCUGUUGUGAUAUGUUUAAAAUCGAAUAUUUGCUGUUUUGGGGGCUCGUAAGCCUGGCAGCGCGCGCCAUAUGGGGACAACAGAUAGAUGGAGCGGUUUCGGUUCCUUCGAGGGCCCAGAUGUCGGCGGCUGUUGACGCAAGUGUAACGGAUGUAGUCUCCAAACUCGAUGCCGCUCGGACGGUUGAUAGAAGCGCUUUUGUUGCUGGUAUUGAUCGAGUGGUUCCUGUGGACACUGACUUUGUGGGUCCCCACUUGCUGACCACUUCCGCCGCGUUGGAGAUAGAGCAGUCCGGACAGGCGUUUCUCCUGGCGGCCAAGUCCGCUUUGUCAAGUCUCAACAUUAACGACGCUGCGCCAAAGAGAGCAACCUUAAGCCAGGGACCUGAAUUUCCUGCUACGACGACACUUCCGGAACGCUUGCGGUGCCCGUACAGCCGGGACCAGUGGCCAACGUGCCCGUCCGGUGCUAAAUAUAGAACAGCAGACGGCUCCUGUAACAACUUGCUCAAUCCUCUGUGGGGUCGCUCGCAGACGCCAUUUGCGCGGUAUCUGGAUCCGGUAUAUGACGACGGUAUCUCGGAACCCAGGACUCAAAGCGUGUUGGGUGGAGGUGUGCAACUUCCAAACGCUCGCAAGAUCAGCCGCGAGUUCCACACGAACCUGAUAAACUUCAUGCCGAACAUGAACCACCUGACAAUGGAGUACGGCCAGUUCCUCAGCCAUGAUAUACAGUUCAACGCUUUGUCUAGAGGUGUCAAUAAUUCCAAUCUAGAUUGCUGUGCAAGUCCGAAUAGACAAGGAUGUUUCCCCAUAGAGAUUCCGCCCGGUGACCCGUUUUUCCCACCAAAUCGCACGUGCAUGAACAUCGUGCGUUCUCUACCUACACCGAACCUGAAGUGCACUGUUGGUGUCCGCCAACAAUUGAACCAGAACACACACUUUAUUGACGGGUCUCUUAUCUACGGCUCUGAUAAGACCACCGCAGACUCAUUGCGAACUUUGGUUGGAGGAAAACUGACGACCAAUAACGAUUUUCUACCAAGUGGCGGUGCCGGUUGCAUCGUAAGCGAUCCCAGCAGACCCUGCUUCCGGGCAGGUGACGCGCGCGUUAACCAGCAGCCGGCACUGGCCUCCUUGCAAACAGUAUGGGUCCGGGAGCACAACCGUCUCGCCGCAGCACUCGCGGCGCUGCGUCCGUUAUGGAGUGACGAGACGCUGUACCAGGAGGCCCGGAAGAUCGUUAUCGCCAUCAUUCAGCACGUGUCCUUCAAUGAGUACCUUCAAGAGAUCCUCGGACAGUCCACCAUGAUCCAGUAUGGACUGAAGCCUCUAGCAUCUGGUCAUUUCGGCGGUUACAGCGAUUUUGAGAUGCCCAUGAUACGCAACGGCUUCAUGACCGCCGCCUUCCGGUUCGGACACAGCAUGGUCUUCCAUCGCAUUCAGGCGCACAACGGCGCUAUCACGACGUCCGACAAGCUUCUCAAGGACGAGUUUCUGAGACCGGAUCUCGUAUAUUCUCGCGGCGUUGGUGAGAUCUGCCGAGGCUUGACGAGAACCCCUUCCGAGUCCGUGGACAAGUAUGUGACUGAACAAUUGACAAGGCACCUUUUCGAGCGUGCGCCGGGAUUCGGCGGGGACCUAGCGGCCAUUAACAUCCAGCGUGCCCGUGACCACGGCAUCCAAGGGUAUCAGGCGUGGCGCCGGUUCUGUGGACUGAAGGGUCAGUUCUCGCACGCGGCCAGCGUCAAAGCGGAGCUUCUGCAAUUAUACAGCUCCCCCGAAGACAUAGAUCUGUUUACCGGCGGUGUGUCGGAGACUCCCCUCCCCGACGGGAAGGUCGGACCCACGUUCGCUUGUAUCAUCGGCAAGCAGUUCCGUUCGUUGAAGAAUGGCGACCGCUUCUACUACGAAAACAGUGGAGAUGUCGGCUUUAGCAACCAGCAACUAAAUCAGAUUCGAACUCAGACCCUGGCCAAGGUCAUCUGUAGGAACACUGACAUCACGAAGCUGCAGGCUAAGGCUUUCCGGAAUACGGAUACUGGUAACCCACUGGUAGACUGCAGCAGUAUUCAAAACUUCGACCUGAGCCCGUGGAGUGCGGGCCGGUACAAUUAAAAACCAGAAUAUAAAUGCGUGUAAAACAAGAGAUGCAGAACCUGCAAAUAGAACAUUUCAAUUAAACCGGAUGGUUUUAGUAUGUGAGUAAUAUAUUUGCAUACAUUUGAGUAAAUUAUUAUGAGUUUAUUACGUUUUGUUAAUUUUAUAUUCAGCCACUUUGGAAAUAAAACCC